CACAGAUCGAUGUACCGGCAGCCUGAGCGAUUGUUACUGGGUCAGGUUAAUUACGCAAUUAGCCCUUCACACUGCCACCACCUCUUUUGUCAAAGAAAGAGGAAACUCUGCGAUCUCAGCUAAAACACUAUAAUGAUUGAGAUAAUCGUCCUGUUUUAUAUGGUACCUUGCGGUGUACAGCUGCUGAUUUUACCUUUAGCGCUCUCACUUAUUUUGCUGUUUAUUAGAGCUAUAGAAACAGUUCAACACUUUCAGAAAGAAAGAUUUAUUACUAAAAGGUCAAGCGGGUGUAAUAAAAAUAUUUACAGAAACAAGAUGUAA